CGAGCAGGUUGACGGAAGUCUUUGAGCGAAGGAUGAAUAUUCAAAGACUGCUGACGUCUAUAUGUGCAAUACUGUGCUUUGUAAAGCAUACAAACCAAACAAAACCUGGAGUCAGAAUAUCUCUGGAAUUCAUUAGCUUCAAAAACCCCAACAAUCGCGACUUGAAUGGAGACUGCUGUGAUCCGUCGUGCACGCGAUGUGACUACUAUUUCAAGAUAUGUGUAAAAGAUGCCAGCAAUAAUAAAUGUAUUYUUGACGCUAAAACAAAACAGUGGGAUAAUACCAAUGACAUAGUGUUCACGAAAGGYGUUGGAGCUCUUGGGAACUCAAUUAGCAAUCCACUGGUAACGAAACUUUCCUCUUGGAAGGGAAAGCUCCUAGCAUCGAUUCAAGCGAUGGAUGAUGAUUCAUUAUCUUAUGAUGACUUGGUUGACAAGUAUUUGAUUGACAGGCGGGUAACACCCAUUGCCGGAAUCGUACAACAAACAUGGACGCCCCUUACCGUUAAGGGAAUACCAAGUACUUUAAAGUUACAAUACAGUGUACAGUGCAAUAGAGACUAUUAUGGAUCGAGUUGCACUAAGUAUUGCUUGGCACGUGACGACGAACGAGGUCACUAUACCUGUGAUCUUAAGACAGGGGACAAAGUGUGCAGAAUUGGCUGGUUUGGAGCAAAUUGYCUUACGAAAUGUUUUCCGAGUGAUAAUGAUAUGCAUGGUCAUUUCACAUGUGAUCAAAGCACAGGAAAAAAGGGAAUACCAAGUACUUUAAAGUUACAAUACAGUGUACAGUGCAAUAGAGACUAUUAUGGAUCGAGUUGCACUAAGUAUUGCUUGGCACGUGACGACGAACGAGGUCACUAUACCUGUGAUCUUAAGACAGGGGACAAAGUGUGCAGAAUUGGCUGGUUUGGAGCAAAUUGYCUUACGAAAUGUUUUCCGAGUGAUAAUGAUAUGCAUGGUCAUUUCACAUGUGAUCAAAGCACAGGAAAAAAGGUUUGUCUAAAUGGCUGGUAUGGUGCCAGUUGUAAAAUAUACUGUAUGGCGCACAAUGAUUCACGGGCAGGAUACUCAUGUGACUCCGUCGGUAAAAAGAUCUGUCUAGUAGAUUGGUACCCUAAGAACCAUUGUGACGUAUUUUGUGCACCUAGAAACAAAUCCACAUCAGGGUACACUUGUAACUCAGUAACUGGAGAAAAAAACUGUUUAACCGGAUGGUAUGGUCCCGAAUGUGAUUGUAGCCCAAGAAAUGACUCGACGGCUGGUUAUGAAUGCAACGCGACAACAGGAGAACGAAUUUGCUAUCAGGGAUGGUAUAACAGCCAUUGCAAUGKGUUCUGCAUUCCAAGAAACGACUCAACUGGUCACUAUAGCUGCAACUCAAGAAAUGGCGCUAAAGAGUGUUUGACGAACUGGUUUGGAAACGAGUGUGAUAUUUACUGCGCGUCAAGCAAUGAAACAAAUAACAGACAGGCCACAAAGUGUUCCGUAAAUAACACCAUAAUUUGUGCUCGGAAUUGGUAUGGUGGGAACUGCUCAGUAAAAUGCGAGCCUCAAAAUGACGACGAGGGCCAUUACACGUGCAAUCAGCACAAUGGACAAAAAAUUUGCUUUCAGGAUUGGCAUGGAGAGAAUUGUUCCGUCUAUUGUAAUCCUCGCGAUAACGAUUGGUUCGGGCAUUACGACUGUGACGACAAUGGAAACAAGGUCUGUCAUCAAUCAUGGUAUGGAACUGAUUGUAAACUUUACUGCAAACCGCAAAAAAAUUCCAUUCUAGGGUACUAUGACUGUAGAAAUGAUGGUGCUCGCGUCUGYCUAGAGCAUUGGUAUGGGACAAGAUGCUUGAGGUACUGCAAGGGCCAAGAUGAAGAUCAAGGACAUUAUCGGUGCAGUGAUACUGGAGAUGUUAUAUGUUUAGAGAACUGGUACUCACUGAAUUGCUCGGUACAUUGUGUACCACGUGACGAUGAUAAGGGACAUUAUACUUGUGACCCUCUGACUGGACAGGAAGUUUGUCUUACGGGGUGGACUGGGACAAACUGCAGGGAUGAAUUUAUAACAGAACUAAGAACAUCAUCUCCAAUACCACCAAAGAAGAAAGAAAACAUGCAAGCAAAGACAAAAUCCUCUCUGGGUGAGCUUACCCUUGCGCUUAUUCUAGGUGGAUCCCUUCUUUUCAUUUGUGUCACAGUGGGUGUGAUUAUUGUUAUCUGCAGCCGGAGACAAACCAAGCGACCUGCUCAGCCUUUUCCGUACUUGAGGUACAAGAACACAACUACCCAAGGUUCUAUGGAACGAGCCACAGACAUUAUCAGAGAGGACCCAAAUAAUGCACAGAUAAAACGUCAAAGUCGGAUACCAAACCUAUUGUCUCAGUACGACGACAAUGCCUGURAAGUACAGAAAGACAAUGUCGUUAUCGACUUACAAGAAAUUUCAUGGAAUCAAGAUGGCUCUCGCAAAGUUGAUGAAAAGCUAGUAAUGUACAAUAAUCCCUUAUUUACAGAAAGACUAGGCGCGACAACAGAGCCUCAUUCCACUCCAGACUCUUGGGUUGACCCUGUCACUGGAUUGCGGGACAAUUCUGACUGGGUUGCUAUAUUUGAAUCGUAUAAUUUUGAACAGAGACGACCAUUGAUUGUCAACGCAUUUCGUCGUGUAAAGAUGAAUCGUCUUUUACUUCUCGCUGGUAUUUGGCUUCUUUCGAUGCUAACAUGUGUCGAAGUUGAAGGAAACGGCCAUGUUUCUGUCAUCUUCAAACGAUACCGCAAUCCAUCUGGUCGCAAAUGGAAUGGCAAGUGCUGUGACUUUCAUCUAUGGGGGAAACGAUGCAGAAUCAAAUGCAACACGUACUUCAAGAUUUGUUUAUCAAACUCUGCUCAUCGUAACUCAAUGAGUGGCUGCUCCUUGGCGAAUAUCAGAACUUCCAAAAUGGGUCAUAAUGACAUCGUAAUGCAUUUAGCUAUUGGAAGAAAGUUUUCUUCCUUUUCUGGAAAAAUUGGUCUUUACGUGGAAGCGUGGGACUGGGACAGCAUUACCAAAGAUGACCUGAUUGACAAGCUGUCUGUUACGUUAUCUGUUCUUCGACCCAGUCCUAAUGGUAACUCAUUGAGUUCGUAUUAUCGGACAUUGCGUGGUCGGCGAGCCACUCUCCGAGUCGAAUUCAAGGUACACUGCAGUGCAAAUUACUACGGUGAUCGGUGCACCAAAUACUGCAAAAACUCAUACAGCAAGCAAGGUCAUUACUACUGUGAUUAUGGCGGCAAUAAACGCUGCUACAAUGGUUGGUAUGGCAACAAGUGUACUAAACAAUGUAUAGAACGUGAUGAUGACAAACAUGGUCACUUUAGAUGUGACUCGUCCGGAAACAGGUUCUGUCGUUCAGGCUGGUACGGCAAUGAAUGUAAGAAGUAUUGUGUUUCCCGCGACAAUGACAUACAUGGUCAUUACGUGUGCGAUGCCCWUGGUAACAAAAUAUGUCGCACCAACUGGUAUGGCGAAUCCUGCAAGCGCUUUUGCAGUCGGAAUGCUAAAAGUAACUUCAACUGUGACAAGAAAGGUAAAAUCAACUUCAUAAUGAUGACACUCUACUAACAUUUUGGACUGGUUCAGAUGAACAACGCAAUCGUUAUUUUUCUAUGUUUUCUUCCGUUUGCCUUUGAUACAUGGAACGCGGAGCAGGGGGCUGGGAGGCUAAAGCCCCCCAAUAAUUUCUCCGACAUUUUGAAUUUUCUUAAAUAAAGAAGCGAAGAGCCUCCUUAUAAA